GAGAGAGAGAGAGAGAGAGUGAGUGAGUGAGUGAGUCUGACGGUCUCUCUCUCUCUCUUCAGUCUUGCUCUUCCAGGAAGGGAUUAUUAACCAGCACGCUGCCGACAUAUGAAGGGAAAACACUGGCAGACAAAGAAGUUUUCACUCCGUCAGCCGCGCCGUGAACCCGACCAGCAGCUGAAGAAGAGAAAGCUAACGCGGCUACAUGAAAAAAAUAACUUCUUCAACAACAAGCCGAGCAGUCGGACUGCCGCGUCUGCCGCUGCUGCGUGGGUUUCUAUAGGGGGGAGAAAAAGCAGAUAAAGAAGAAGAGGGGCACAGCGGAAAAGUGGAAGGACAAGGAGAGAAGUUGACGGGAGAUAAUGUCUGAAUCCUCCUCCUCCGCUGCGAAAAAGCAGGAGAGGAGCUCUUUCAGUCCUUCCGCGAACCCGCUGCCAAACUCUACUUCCUCCCCCGUCCAUGCUCCCGCCGCGAGGCCAGCCAGUCGAAUGGAGGACGAGCCUGCCAGGCUGCCUGCGCACCUGCGUUUGCAGCCAGUGUUUUGGAGCAGGGAGGACGUGGCCCAGUGGCUGCGAUGGGCAGAGAAGGAGUUCGCCCUGCGGCCGAUCACCAGCGGCUCUUUCCAGAUGAACGGCAAAGCCCUGCUGCUGCUCACCAAGGAGGACUUCCGCUACCGAUCCCCACACUCCGGGGACGUCCUGUAUGAGCUGCUGCAGCACAUCCUGAAGCAGAGGAAGCCCCAUGUGUUUUACCCCUCUGCAUACUUCCCUGGGAACUCCUUCUACUCGCUGCCUGAGAAUGCUGUGCAACACCUCAAGCUCGAAGAAACGGUACGUCGGGGACCACGUGGUACAGAGCCCCUCCCCCAGCAUCCACCAACCAUCGAGCUACGGCACCGCUCGCGCUCCCCCCACCACCACCCAAACCCCAGGCGAUCCCCUCCGGAGCCGAACCACCCCCGCCCGGCCAACGAGGACCAUCUGCAGACUUUCUCCCAGCUGCCCGACAGCAACCACCACAUGCCGGAAGACAUGUACCCCCUGUCAGUGUCCCCCGCCGCGCCCAACGGACGCUGCACACCCCGGGAACCCCAGUGCCCCGGCAGCCCCGGGGGCCAGGAGGCGGGCCCUCCUCGCGUCAUCCAGCUCAUGCCCAGCCCCAUCAUAAACCCUCUGCUGCUCAGCCCGAGCAGGGGCGCUGGGGGCGGGGCCAUGGACUUCAGGCACAGCCGAAGUGGAGCCCAGUCUAAGGGGACGCUCGAAAAUGGGCGGGAGGGGAAAGUCCACAGCCACCACUAUCAGAUACCUCUGGCCCAGCAGCAACAGCAACAGCAUCUACUGCAGCAGGAGGAGGAGGCGCUCUACAGGAACCACGUCAUCAUGCCCGUGUCUCCUCCAGAGGAGCAACAGAUGCCCAUCGGACGGAUAGCAGACUGCAGGUUGCUGUGGGACUACGUCUACCAGCUCCUGUCAGACAGCAGGUACGAGAACUACAUCCGAUGGGAGGAUCCAGAGAGCAAAGUCUUCCGCAUCAUGGACCCCAAUGGCCUGGCCAGGCUGUGGGGAAACCACAAGAACCGGACCAAUAUGACAUACGAGAAGAUGUCGCGAGCACUGAGACACUACUACAAACUGAACAUCAUCAGGAAAGAACCGGGACAAAGACUUCUAUUCAGGUUCAUGAAAACGCCCGAUGAGAUAAUGAACGGACAGACGGACCGGCUGGAGCACCUGGAGUCCGACUCUUACGAACAAACCUACAUCAAAGAGGAAUGCAUAGGAACUCUGGGAAAGCGAGUCCAUGAACUUCUUCCAUCUACUACAGCCGCCGAUGCCUUCCAGAAGCAGCCUGAACAAUCGUCGUUAAAACCGGAGCCCGUGGACGUCUGCUCGUAUCAGUCGGAGAGACACGACGUCUGAUCUCUCUUGAGUUUGCCUUAGGAUGAUAUCUUCCUGAAGUCGAAGCAGCAUCAGUUUGUUUUUUUGAUUCUCCUGAUGGAUGGAGCCGGGAGGACUUCUGUUCCCUUUUUAUUUCUGAACUCAAAACUGCAAAAGCCAAUCACUUUGUGCUUAAGUCACUUUUCUGAUUUCUAUCGUCCCCUCACAUGCAUUAUACUGCGCAAUGUUGCUGUUUGUAAAAAGAAAAUUUGGGUGUGUGUGCGUGACAGGAAUGUUUUCACAGUGGAAUAAACAUUUUUGAUCAAACUGUA